AAUAAAUGUGCACCCGUUUUACGUCAAAAGCAAAACAGAAGUUUUGGAUUUUGUUGGACUGCAAAUAUUGGCAUGAAAGAAGAUAAAGUUUCAUUUGCAUCAAAAUUGUCAAAAUCUUCGCAGAUGCAUCCUGGUGCUAUUGCUGGUGUUUGCGUCAUUCUGGUUGCCGUCGUCGGUACAGCCUGUAUAUGCUUCUACUGUUAUAAGAAGAAACGGGGAUAUCACAAAUUUGAAACUAUGCCGGUGAACAAACCAGAAGUUUAUCUUAUAAAACACUCUUCCGUGUCCAAUAUCGAUAUCGUGGUGAAUUUAAAGAAACUACACAUCGUUGCUAAGGAAACGACAGGUUUUAAUUCAGCCCAUCCUGACGUGCCUAUUAUCAUUGUACGCUAUAAAGCGUUUCGGAAAGAUGCCGAUAUAAUCGGCUGCAUGGAGUCUUGUAAACCGGAGGAUAUUUCGCGUACAAUCAUCAUAAUUCUACACAAAGAGGAGAGGGAACAACGUUUCCACGGCCAAAUUGACGAACCAACGUCGGUGAUGUUUAACGAAAGCGAGUGCCCCGGUUCCGAGAAAUUUAAAAAACUGCGUGGAAUACUUCACAUACACCCUGGAGCUGGGAAGAAAGAUAAUAUUUUUGCGAAUACAGAUGCAGCUAACAUCCUGAAGGGAUGGAUAGAGAAACCCGCUCAAUAAUUUUUGUGAAAUGAAUGGCAAAUUGGCUCCGUUUUUAACAAGUGUCUUUAAGCUACUUUUCUUUAUUAACUGUUGACCUUAUUGUUGCAUCAACCUAGAGAAGUGCACUGUAUAUAAGAAAUUAAAAUAUGUGUUGCAAAAUAUAUUGCAUUCAACUGUAAAAUGAAAUGACAUUGUACUGGCUUUAGGAACCGAAUUGGUGGCUAAAAAUUGGCGCUUUACCCAAUUCUGGAAAUAUGUUCUAAGUCGAUCCCACUAAAGCGAUAAAUUAAAAAAAAAUAUAUAGUACACUUACUCAAUAAAAGUAGCUUCGAUGCUUUCAUUAAUAUACACACCAUUUGAAAUCUUUUUCGAUCUCAGCUGAGUUUGAGUUUGAAAUUUUAAUAUCAAUUUUCGAAAUCUUCAAAGUUAAAUUUCAUAUAUAAAAAUGGCCACUUGAAAAUAGUAAUUAACUUGAAAUUCAGUUUUAAACAAUUAGAUAGAAAUGACAUAUAAGUUUCAUAAUCAAACUCAGCUAAGACUGAAAAUGUUUUGUGAACACGGGGUCUGGUUUGCUGGUUCAACAUUUGCCUAUAUACUCAUAUCUCUGUUAUCUUGUCUCACAAAUUAGCAAUUCGACUUAAGGAUGAUGUGCUAGAAAUAAACUCCUGGCUUAAAUGUGAAGGACACAUUUAGGGUUCAACCUAAAUGUUCUAAUGUCAGACUGUGAUUACACAAUUAUUUGUCCUAUUUAUCAUUACACGUGCCAAAUGCACAAAGUUG